UAUUAACACCUCUGUGUAGCAAUGGAUAAAGGUGAUCACAUUUCGGUAACAUUGUCCGGUGUCGGUGUGAACGGCACGGAAGAAGAAAGUUUCACUACGAAACAACCACAACGACGUAGUUUGCGACGGUCUUGGAAUCAAUUGCCCCGUUGCCAGCGCAACCUUAUCAUUUUAGCAGUGCUGGCGCUAUGCUUAACUUUAGUAUUAGUAUUAUACAAUGACCAAAUCGAUGCGGAGAAUAACCGAGUAAUUGGCAAAAACGCCGGGGCUUUCUUAUUUCGAGAAAAUCGCGAAGUGGCAAAUAGUGCCGGUCUAGCACAGAAUGGGCUAAGCGACGGUUUGAACGCGCUGGAUGCGGGAAAUCUUAAUAAUAAUCUGAAAAACCCAUUGCCAAAUAUUGGACCACCACCGCUGUCAUUCUCAAAUGAUAAUGCGCCGGUAUUUAAAGACGUAAAGGUGAUUGACACACCCAACCUCAAUAAGAAAAGUGACGAUAACCUGCAACAUGCCGGAGAAGGUCCAAAGGAAAGCUUAUUACAAGGUCCUUUAGUCGAAUUUCCAAACAAAAUAAGCAUACAAGAAAAUAAUGACAAUCGUAUUGACGAACCCGCCGUCGAAGCACAAUCUGGCGGUGGUGAUGACGAUAAUCGUGCCGCUUUGGAAGCAGCGAUACUAAACCCACGUGUAGUGCCAGGCACCAACAAUGUUUUAAUUACAGAUUAUAUCAAUAAUAUGGAUGCUAAGUUGGUAGCGCAAAAGCAGCAUUUCCAUGGUGCAACAAAUGAGCGGCAAACUGCCGUUGUCGCCGCUUUUAGGCAUUCAUGGAAUGGUUAUAAAAAAUACGCUUGGGGCCAUGACAAUCUGAAACCGUUAUCGCAGAGCUCACACGAUUGGUUCGGUUUGGGUUUGACCAUUGUGGACUCAUUGGACACCAUGUACAUAAUGGGUUUGGAGGAUGAAUUCACUGAGGGUCGCGAGUGGGUCAGCAAUUUCUUGACAUUUGAUAUCAAUCGUGAUGUGAAUCUCUUCGAGGUGACGAUACGUAUCUUGGGUGGUUUGCUCUCGGCAUAUCAUCUGAGUGGCGAUAAAAUGUUUCUGAGCAAAUCGAUCGAAUUGGGCAAUCGCAUGCUGCCAUGCUUCCUCUCCCCCUCGGGCAUACCAUAUUCGGAUGUAAAUCUUGCCUCAAUGUCAGCGCAUUCACCCAAAUGGUCGCCGGACAGUUCAACCAGCGAGGUUACAACAAUACAAUUGGAAUUCCGCGAUCUCAGUCGUUCGACUAACAUAUCAAUUUACGAAAAAGUAACGCAUGCAGUUAAUAAGAAAGUGCAUGCUUUGGAGAAAACUAACGGACUUGUGCCCAUAUUUAUAAAUGCCAACACCGGCACAUUCAGAAAUUACGCCACAAUCUCACUAGGCGCACGCGGUGACUCCUAUUAUGAGUAUCUGCUAAAACAGUGGCUACAGACCGGGCGGAAAACCGACGAUUUUCUCAUUGUGGACUAUAUGCGCGCCAUUGACGGUGUGCUCACGAAGCUUUUGCGUCGUACGCCGAAAGAGCAGCACGUCUAUAUAGGCGAAUUGAUUAAUGGCAAAGACUUCAAACCGAAAAUGGAUCAUCUCACAUGCUAUCUGCCUGGCACACUGUUGUUGGGCCACAAAUUCGGCAUGCCCACGUCACAUUUAUUGCUCGCACGUGAUCUACUCGAAACCUGCUAUCAAACGUACAUGCGCCAGCCGACACAAUUGGCGCCCGAAAUAUCCUACUUUGCGCUCACCACCAAUGAAGAGCAGGAGAUUUACGUGAAACCCAAUGAUGCGCACAAUCUGCUGCGUCCCGAAUUCGUAGAAAGUUUAUAUUAUUUUUAUGCCUUAACCGGCAAUCGCACGUAUCAGGAUAUGGGCUGGAAUAUAUUCCAAGCAUUCGAGAAGCACACCAAAGUGGCCUACGGUUACACGUCCAUUGGCAAUGUGAAGCAUAUAUUCAAUACAAGACUGCGUGAUAUGAUGGAGAGCUUUUGGUUGGGUGAAACGCUUAAGUAUUUCUAUCUAUUAUUUAGCGAUAAUCGCAAAGAGAUCGAUUUAGAUAAGUGGGUAAUCAAUUCCGAGGCACAUUUGGUGCCCUUGCGAAAUCACUAAGUUCGUGCUGUUGUUGCUUGCAUGUGGGUACGCGUGCGUGCAUGUGUGUGUGUUUGUGAAACGUUUGUACGUAACCAUGACUAUUUUAAAGCCAAUCGAAUUGAGUUGACACAACUCGCAUUGUAAAUAUAUUUACAACAACAACAAUUAUUUAUACAAUACUAGCGUGCAAUCAAAUUUGUCGCAUAACAACAAACUACUUUAUAUGUAUAUUUAUGUAUAUGUAUAUUUGUAUGCCAACGAUAUUAUUUAUUCUAUUUUAAAUACUUUAUAAAAUCUACUAACUAAAAGAAAUCUGAACGAUUAGCAAAGAAAAUGCGCACGAUCUCCGUUAGUUCUAAACUAUGAAAUAAUUAAACAAUUAGAAGAAUACCAAAAGCGAAGCGUUGCUCUUAUUUUAGAACCAAAUUGUCAAAGACCGCAAAAUAUCGGAACUACGCGCGCCACACUCGCCGUGAGAGAAAUUUUUUUUCGUUUUUUUUUUAAGAAUAAUUUUGGGGUUAUAUAUAAAAUCACAAUUUGAUAACGUUUCUGAAAAAAAAAUAUAUAUAUAUAUUUUUGUUAAUCGUCUUUCUUGUUUUCGGAGCGCAGUUUUAGCUUCAGUUUCGAAUUUCUUUUUAGUACGCAGUUGUUCCAAACUUGUUUCGAAUUUUUUGUCAACGUAAAAGAUCAUCGAGUUUAUAUAUCUAUAAUAUAAUGGAUAAAAAAUAAUUGUAAAAAGUGCACUAUGCACGCCUAGAACCAAAACUCGACGGAUUAGAGAUAAUAUAAUAAUACUAUAAUAAUUAUUAACAUAUUUUUAUCGCACUUGCAGUAAAUAAAAGGGGGAAAAAAUUAAAUUUUGUAAUAAAUAAAUAUAGUAAUAAAAAAUUAUUUUAAAACAUACGCUUACAAACUUCCGUAACUACAUUACAUUAAAAGCGACGUGAUCCGCACCAUAGGCUCUUUUUCUUAGACAAUGCAUGCGCAUUAUUGUUGUAUUUUCAAGUGGCAAGAUUGCACCACAUAUGUACGUGCGUUGCAUGCGUAUUCGUGGCCUAAUAAAUCGAGCGCUGCAACAUAAUUUACCUAAUUUUAAAUUAAAUUAAAUAUUUUUUGUAGUUUUUAAGUAUUCUCAAUUUUCUAAUUGCAAAUAUA